CUUCCUCCCUACCCAACAACACAGUACACAGCAAUCACUAUCAUCUGCUAUCAUCAUGGACAUCGCCCAAUCCCUUACCACCACCCCCAACACCAUAAAAUGCAUCGAAAUGCACACCACCGGCGAACCCACCCGGAUCAUCUACGCCGGCUUCCCUCCACUCACCGGGCCAACCCUCCUCUCCCAACGCGCCCACGCCGAGAAGGAAUACGACCACAUCCGCAAACGCAUCAUGCUCGAGCCACGGGGACACUACGACAUGUACGGGGCCAUCCUGAUUCAAAAUACCGAGCUGGUCAGGUCAGGGGAAGCACAUAUCGGGGUGUUGUUCACUCAUAACGGGGGCAUAUCGACGAUGUGUGGCCAUGCCACUAUUUCUUUGGGGCGGUUUUUGGUGGAUACGAGAGAUGAGAAUGUAUUUCCGAAGAGGGGGGAAUUGGUACUUGAUGAGGAGAGUUUGACGGUGGGCGUAAGAUUACAUGCGCCGUGCGGGGUCGUGGAUGUGACGGUUCCUGUUAUGCAAUCUGCGGAUGGGAUGAAAUCGGAUCCGGCGCGGAAUGUAGCGUUUAUUUCGACGCCGGCGUAUGCAGCGGCGGUAGGGGUGAGGGUUUCAGUUCCGGAGGAGGUGCGGUGGGGGGAACUAGGGGGACGGAAGAGUAUCACGGUGGAUGUUAGCUACGGAGGGGCCUUUUUCGCGCUCGUGGAUGUGAGGGAAUUGGGGUUUAAAGAGGGAUUGAAGAAGGUGGAUCUGGAGAGGAUGACGCAGGUGGUGGGGAAAUUGAAGGGGUAUUUGGAAACGCAUCCCGAUAUUGUGCGUGCGUGUCAGCAUCCGGAGGAUGAGCGGUUAUCGUUUUUAUAUUCCGUUAUGGUGGUGGAUUCGCAGGUUGGAGUUAACCCCGGUGGGGUGGAUGGGGUCGAGACCGGGCUGUGUUUCUUCGCGGAUGAUGAGAUUGAUCGGUCGCCGACGGGGUCGUGUGUCACGGCGCGGAUGGCGUUGGCGUAUGCGAAGGGGGAGAGAGCGGUUGGACAGCGGUGGGCGUAUCAUUCGGUGGUGUCGAGUCAUUUUCAGACGGGGGCGUUUGUGGGAGAGAUUGUGGAGACGGGGUUGCGGAUCGAGGGGGAGAAUGGCCCGGCGAGGGAUGCGGUGGUUGUGAGGGUGGAGGGGAGUGCCUACUAUACCGGGGCGUCGAGCUUUGUGGUGGAGGAGGGAGAUGUUACGGGUCAUGCUGGGUUUACGAUGAAGAGCGUGACGCAGUGA